UCUCAAGGGAACUUUGUGUGCGACCUUUCUCGAAUUCUCGAAUUUAAAAUAACUUGAAAGCAAAGUUGGCUUAUCCAUAAUGUGCGGACGGUAUGCGCUAGGCGUGCGCAUGAACUUCGUUCGACGCCGGCUCCAAGAACAAGGCAUGCCAGUCGACGAAGCACCAGACGACGACGAAGUGCGCGAGACUUAUAAUUUCGCGCCGGGGAAUAAUGGCGCCGUGUACCGCGUGGACGCAUCAUCACAGGGUUCUGCCCCCGGCGGUGUUGGCGCAGAUGAGCAUGAGCAUUUGCCUCACGAGGACUCGGAACCAGAACAGGAGACGGGGGAUGACUCUACAAAGGACGCCCACGUCGACACAUCAAGCGAGAAGGGAACCGCCUCUCGCUACAAGAUCCAGAGUAUGAGAUGGGGCCUCAUUCCCUUUUGGACGAAGCGGAAGCCCGAUUACGGGUCUCUGAUGCGAACGAUUAAUUGUCGGGAUGAUUCCUUGAUUGAGGACCGCGGGAUGUGGACGUCGAUGAAGCGGAAGAAACGCUGCGUUGUGGUCUGUCAGGGGUUCUACGAGUGGCUGAAGAAAGGGCCCGGCGGGAAGGAGAAGGUCCCGCACUUUGUGAAGCGGAAGGAUGGGGAUCUGAUGUAUUUUGCUGGAUUGUGGGACUGCGUGCGGUAUGAAGGGUCGGAUGAAGAGCUCUACACGUUUACUGUCAUCACGACAUCUUCGAAUUCAUAUCUGAAGUUCCUGCAUGAUCGGAUGCCGGUGAUUCUGGAUCCGAAUAGCGAGGAGAUGAAGCGUUGGCUGGAUCCCGGUCGGACUACGUGGUCGAAGGACUUGCAGGAUAUGUUGAAGCCCUAUAAGGGCGAGUUGGAGUGUUAUCCGGUGCCGAAGGAGGUGGGCAAGGUGGGCAAUAACUCGCCUGACUUCAUUGUGCCGGUGAGCAGCAAGGAGAAUAAGAGCAAUAUUGCGAAUUUCUUCGACAAUGCUAGGAAGGGUGCACCAGACAGCGAUCAUCCAAAACAAGACACGGAACACAAGGUAGUCAAGGAUGAGCAUGAAGAUCGUGCCACCGUAGACACCGAGUGGACCGAGGACAAUGCACCGCAACCAGCUACGGGAGUCAAACGGGAGCAUCCGGCAGAGGGCCCCGAGGAGGUUGAGGACGAAGCUGCCAAGAAGCAGAAGACGCAACCCAGUCCGGCACCGUCCCCAGAGAAAGACAGCAAGCAGAAAGUGAGCCCAGGGGAACCGGCAACUCGAGGAAAGCAAUUGCGAAGUGCGACGCACAACAACAAGCCAGCAAAGAAGCCCCAGGGGAGGAAGGCGGCUGCCGGAACUCAGCCCAUAACGAACUUUUUUCAAAAGUGAUAUGCUCCAUCUAUCUAUGUGGUGGAAGCUAUAUUCUCGUGGUUGAAUUUUGAGCGGCGAAGAGCUGGUCUCUGAGCGGCGUUGCUUCAUCUCGUAUCUAGUGU